CAGGGCGCUGCCGAGGUCUACGCUGUGGUCGAGGCCAGUGACGUCGACGGUUCCGACGAGUGCAGGCUGUGCAUGUCGCUGGAGGCCUUCGGCGAGGAGGUGGGCUGCGAUUUCCACGACUCGGUCGACGACCAGGUUGGCUGCGAUUUCCACGACUUGGUCGACGACCGGGUGGGCUACGACUUCCACGGUUCGGUCGGUGACCACGUGGACUCCGAAUUUCGCGACUCGGUCGGCGACCAGCUGGAGAGCGAGUUUCUGGGCCAUUCUGGCGACGAGGUAGUGGUGGCCACCAGCGGUGGCAAGGUUGCCAGCGCAGGGCCUGACGUCGACAGCAUCCUGAUGCUGGACGGCGGGAGUGAUGGGCGCUGCGCGAGACCUGGCCGCGCCAGGAACAACGAGGUGAACGAGGCGACCAUCGAGCUGAUCGCCGCGCAGAAGGUGUCUCUCGACGGCGAGGCUGCGGUUCCCUUUGCCGUGGGAGGUCAGGCAGCCUGCCGGGCGACUUUCCAGAUUGGGCCCUUCGCACGCAACGCGUUCAGCACUUGCUACGACGCGGGCUUCGACGCAAGCUACUCGCGCGAGGAUCGGUGCUAUGUCGGCUGCACCAGGCCCGACGGUCAGUGCGCGAAGGACAAGGAGGGCGCCGAGCGCGAGGUCAGAAAGGAGAAGCGCUUGAUGAAGAUCGGCGUCGUCGCGACCAACGAGGGCGCGGGGGAGCUGGGCGCGGCGAUCUACGGCGCGAAGGGGCAGCCGUGGAGUCGGCUUAAGCAUGCAGGGCUCGAUCGCAAGCAGGACCUCGAUUUCGAGGGGGCGGUCGGGGGGCGAUAUCAGCAGCAGGUCGACGGCCGGCCAGUGGUGGGGGCGAGGGCCAUCGAGGCGCCCUGCGCCCCGACGGAGAUCGAGAGGGAGCAGCGCGAAGCCUAUGGCCACGCGGUGUUCAAGAAGUGGUGCCCCGCGUGUGUGUUCGGCAUGGGCCUCGAGGGCCGGCGCGUCGAGCGGCUGAUCUACGGCGGCGACGUCGGGGAGUGGCUGAUCUUCUUCGACUGGGCUUUCAACGCGACGAGGGAUGCCGAGAACGUCUGCGACGGGGCCGACCGAGGCCUUGGCGCGCCCCUGGCGGCCGCUGACCGCCGCGCGCGGUGUCUCUUCGGCGGCGCGCUGUGGAGCGAGGCCGCGGGCGACUACGAGGCCAAGCAGCUCGCGAGGUUAAUGGAGAAAUUGGCUUGCCAGAGGCCAGAGCUCAGGUGCGACGCCGAGCCAGCGGCGAAGGCGCUGCGGGACGAGGUCGUCGCCGCGAGGGGCGAUGGGGGGCUCGGGGCCGGGGUCUCGCAGGGGCGCGCGCGGGACAUCAAGUCGACGGGCUUCGUCGAGGAGCGCGUUCGGCGGUGGCGCGGGCGCCUGAUAGCGAACGGGGUCCAGGUCGAGAGGAAUUGCGGCAUCGAGCUUGCGCCUCGCCCCCCCCGCUGGCCGUUCUUCGCCCGCCGUGCGUCGAACGCGACGAACUUGUUCGGCGGGGGCGCGGGCGGCUACGCGGCGAAUUUCGCGGUCUACGGCGGGAGCUAUACGGGCGCGGUGGCGCCAUUCGCCGAGGCGGUGAUGGCGGGGGCCCUUGUCUCCGCGACGGGCCAGCGGCGCUCGAUGGGCGGCGUCGCCCCUAGACUCACCAGGGCGGGCGCGGCCUUGGCGAAGUGGUCUCCCGGCGGCGCCGACCACGGGCCUGGAGGAAAGAGGCUGCGCGUCGACGAUUCGAUCGUCGGCGCCGUCGGGGACAUCAGCAAGCAGUUGGACUACGAGACGCUGCUGACGGCCGAGGAGCUCACGCGCUGGGGCACCGGCGGCUUUCGCAUGGAGGAGGCGGCGCUGACCGUCGACAUCGGCCUGAAGCUUUUCGACGAGUUCGGCAUUUACUCGGUCCACCUCGGACCGCCGCCGAUGGCAACGGCAAGGCUCGUGAGCAGGGGGUUUGCCUGGCUCGAGGAGCGCGACGACCCGUUCGCGCCUGGGUCCACAUCGCUGACCAGUCGCGUCGUUGACUUUUUCGGCUUCAAGGGCGACGACGACCCAGAGGGCCCGCUCGUGAUGGCCGUCGGCGACGUCGCCAGUACGCGAUAUCAGGUGCCCGAGAAGGAGGAGUUCUGCUGCGACCCCUCGCGCGAGUGGCUUGCGGCGAGGGCCGAGGCAGGCCCUGGCGUGGAUGUCGUUUGGGAGCUGGUCAAGCGGCUUCCCGGCAGAAGGGCGGCGAGCCGAGAGUGGGCCGGCUUCGCUGCCGACCAGAUCGUGGACUGCGCGUUCGAGCGGAGCGAGGCCUGCCCGCAGCUUUACAGGAAUACGAUGGCUCGGCUGAGCUUGGAGUUGCACAUGUGCGACUUUUUUUGCGCAGGCCGCAAGAGCGAUAUGGGGGGCUUUCUCCCGAUGAUCAGGACCAAGCUGAAGCACGGCGCCAACAUCAUCGCCGAGCUGGGGCUGAAGGGCGCGGAUGCAGUCAGAACUCCAGAGUUUGGGCUGGAGGAUAUUUUCGAAUUCUCUCCGCCAUUCGUCCACGAGCAGGUCGCGAGGUGUCGGUCGCGCGUGGGAAGCGGUCUCCAUCUGGCGCAGGAUCGGACCGGCAUCCAGCGGGCAGUGGGCAUGUCGGCGGGCGACUCGGCCAAGCCGACGGAGUUCUCCUGGAAGUGGCUGCUGCGCCUCGGGCGGCACCUGGUCGGGACAUCCGAUCAGGGCGCGUUCGCGCCGAAGGUCGGCGCGAGGGCCCACGAGAAGGGCGCGAUCCAGCUGAGGACCUUGUCGGACAGCGACCACGGCGGGAAGGAGGCAAAGCGCAAGAGCGCCGCGUGCGGGGUCAUCUUCGCAGACGGCGUGGGGCUGGCGACGCUGGUGCGGAGGCAGGACCUAGCAGUCAGCUCAGGCGAGAGCGAGUUCUACGCCCUGAGCACCGUCGCGACGGACGGGGAGAUGCUGAGGGACUUGCUCACGUGGCUCGGGUUCAGGGUUGAGUGGGCCCUGGCCACUGGCUCUUCGGCGGCUCGGGGGAUGUCCCUGGGGCGGGGGGUCGGGAUGGUCCGCGACCUGGGCGCGAGAGCGCUGUGGGUGCAGCAGGCGACCCGCCUGCUUGGCUUAAAGGUACCGAAGUGUAGGGGCAGCGAGAAACCUUCGGACACUGGAACGAAGUCACGCGCAGCAGAGGUGCACGAGCAGCUCUGCAAGCAGGUUGGUUUGCGUCGGCUGACGGGCGAGUUCGGAGCAGUUUGCGAGGUCAAGGUGAACGUACUGAUCGAGAAGUUUCGG